AUGCCGGGCGAUCGCAGAUGGCGCGGUGCCCGCCUGCCGCGGUCUCGGGCUUCUGCCGCGGGCGCAGCCCUUGCGGCGGCCCUCCUGGUCGCGUUCUCCCCGGCCUGCAGCCUCACCGGCUACGGCAGGCGCGGGGAGGGCGACGAGGGCCCCUCCGUCGCGGCGGCGGAGCCGACCGCGAGGCCGUUCGUCGACGUCACCUUCCAGGAGUACACCUACGUCGACAUGCCGCAGAGGGUUGUGAAGAUCUUCGUGCCUGCCGCGGCGGAAGUUGCUAGGUGGUGGGCCGAUGUCCGGGGGACCCAGGGCGUGAAGUACGCCUACUGGAUAGGGCGCUCUCUGGAAGGCAACCCGAGCCUGUUGCACAUGCUCGUCCGCGCGGAGGGGCGGCCGCUGGCAGUGGACGGCAUGCAGGCGUCGGGCUUCACCGCGGCCGUGGAGAUCCCGCCCACGGUCACGGCGCCCACGGACUGCAAGAUUGCCCACGUCCGGGUGGACGUGGCCGCCGGGCCCCUGCACUCCGCGGGGCUGGCGCGCGCCCCCGCGCUGGUCGUGAUCUGCCCGCUGGGGCCUGCCGCCGGGCCGCUCUCGGAGAGGAUGGUCCCGCUGCUCCACGAGCUGCUCAGGGGGCCGGCGAGGCUGCUGCUCUACCCCAAGGCGACGCACGCUGGACUAGGGACCCUCCUGGCGGGCUGGUGCUUGUUGUUCGCCACCGUCAUGUGUUUCUCCUUCGUCUUCAUGGUGCUCUGUUCGUACCUGCACAGGCGCUGCUACUACUACACCCGGCGCUGGCGCCGCCUGUGCUGGCUCUGGGUGCUGGGGAGGCGCCCGGCCUCCUGGAGCGGCGAGGCCUUCGGCCGCGGCGGGCCCUGCUGCAUCUGCCUGGGGGCCUGCGACCGGUCUGGCGAGGCCCUGGUGGCGCUCCUGCCGUGCCGGCACGCGCUGCAUUCCGAGUGCUACAGGAAAUGGGUGCACGCGGACUCCUACCCGUCGAGCGAUCUCAUCUGCCCUUUGUGCCGCUGUCGCACGCAGGCGAUCGGUCGGCUGGAUCCGGAGCCCGACGCCGAGGCACCGUAG